ACCGGAAAAUGAUGAUGAAUGCUUUGCGGCAGCCAUUACUGAGAUGAAGUGAACCAGAAAUUAACACUGUUGUGUGAUUUUAUUUGAAAUACAUCCUUCAUGUAAUCGGAUCGGAUUAGAUACAUGCAGUUCUAUACUGCAGCAUAGAAAUUCUUCCAUUUUCAACUACUUGGCUUUAUCAUAACUGUAUAUUUGUGCAAAUUCAAAGAUUUGUUCUCGGAGAUAUUUCUUCUUUUCUGUAGAAAGACUGCAAAACAGCAGAAAGAAUGGAUCCUGAUCAAAGAUUGAUGCACCCGAGUGGUACUAUGAACAAUAAUACAGGUGGUAUGAAUAUGAAUCAGGGCUACAAUAUGGGUCAGACAGGUCACGAGGAGCCGAAUGACCAAAGAAAACAAGAGAUAGGGGACAUACUUCAGCAGAUUAUGACCAUCACUGACCAGAGUUUGGACGAAGCUCAAGCAAGGUCCUGGAAACACACACUCAACUGUCACAGAAUGAAGCCGGCUCUCUUCAGUGUUCUAUGUGAAAUCAAAGAAAAGACAGUAUUAAGUAUUAGAAAUUCACAAGAAGAAGAGCCUCCAGAUCCGCAGUUGAUGCGUCUUGAUAACAUGUUGAUAGCGGAAGGAGUUGCUGGACCGGAGAAAGGAGGCGGCUCCUCGGCGGCAGCAAAUGCUACAGCUGCAGCAUCUGGCGGACAACCCGAUAGCGCGAUUGAGCACUCAGAUUACAGAGCAAAAUUGGCACAGAUUCGACAGAUCUAUCAUACAGAAUUGGAAAAAUAUGAACAGCCAGAUUCUGAGGGGACGGACCUGCAAAAUAACGAUUACCAGGCAAAACUUGCACGGAUACGCAGCAUUUACCAGACGGAAAUGGCAAAAUAUGACCAGGCUUGCAGUGAAUUCACAACACAUGUGGUAAACUUAUUGCGAGAACAGAGUCGAACACGCCCAAUUGCACCUAAAGAGAUUGAGCGGAUGGUGAGCAUAAUCAGAAAAAAGUUUGCGGCGAUAGAAAUGCAACUGAAGCAGAGUACGUGUGAAGCAGUUAUGAUACUAAGAUCUCGAUUCCUUGAUGCCAGGCGAAAGCGGCGAAAUUUUAGUAAGCAAGCAAUAGAAAUGCUAAAUGAUUAUUUCUACUCGCAUCUGAGUAAUCCGUACCCUAGUGAGGAGGCGAAAGAGGAAUUGGCCCGAAAAGCUCAAAUUACCAUUUCGCAGGUAUCAAAUUGGUUUGGUAACAAGCGUAUUCGAUAUAAGAAGAAUAUUGGGAAAGCACAGGAAGAGGCCAAUUUGUAUGCGGCAAAAACUGCGGCAGCCGCAGCACAACAUGGUCAGCAUCACACUUCUGAAUCGGGACAAGAUUACGGUGACGGAGAUUCUGACGACUCGUCUACAGUUGGAUUCAAGAGCAGCUCAUUUUUACCGCCAGGUGCGUCGAGCUACAACAUGACGUCUACAGCGGGACUUCCUGGCCAGGGGCAGGGCGGCAUGUAUAUGGGAAUGAAUGGCGAUAAUUAUACUAGCGGAGGAGAUACUUCGGUACUUGGUGCAACUAAAACUGAAAUAACGGAUGACACUGAGGAAUGUUUUAGUUCCCCUACUUCAUUUGGCCAACAGACAGCCGGGUCCACUGAUGGACUUUGGUUCCCAGGAUAGUGUUAUAUGUAGUAAGCCAGGCUCCAGCACCAAGUAGAUCACAGCUUGAUUAACGAUGUAAGUUUUGGAGCAUCAGCAAAAAUACUUUCAUCUCAUUUGGAAUAUAUAUAUAUAUUCCAAAAAUUUGUGAAUGACUGACUUUGUAUGCAUGAAACAUUUGGAAUGCAUGCUGAUUUAGCAGAAUUCAGCGCCAACCCAAGUGUCGACGAGAGUUCAAGUAUUACAUUAACAAAAAGAAGCCUGAUGAAGUAAAAUGCAUUUGUUCUUGUGCCGUCAUAACUUCUGCGAGGUCUUGUGCUGUUUAACAUCAGAGUAUUCAUGUGCUGUUACAAUGUCUGCAUACUCGUGCCGUUUUAACAUCAGCGUCUUUUUUACUGUUGCAAGCAUGAUAAUCUUUGUACCAUAUUUUUAACAGUGAAAUUUUAUUGUCAGCAUGUAAACAGUCCUGGUACCAAGCAUGGAACUUGUGUUCUAACUUCCACAUUGGAGCGGUAAUUUCUACAGAUGACCGUAUUGCCAGGACAGUAACGGCAUACGAAGCAGAUUUAAUUAUUAUAUAAAAACAGUCUUCAAAUAGCAUGCUUUCGUAGAAGUGAAAUUUGUUAACUGAAAUGCUAAACUGCUGAGAGGCAGUGAAGUUGUACAAGUUUUAGGGCAUGCUCUAUGGGGGACCAUAGAGAAAUUAUAUUCUUGCUGACUAAAAUACACCCUAGUUGCAUGGAAAAAACAAGUGCAUGCAGAAAAAUGAGGCACAAAAUGUCAUCUGGAUUUUAUUUUAUCUCGACAGCCGUAAGAAAAGGUGAACAUAACACAAGAGAUGUGACGACUGUCAACUGGAAACUUACGGACAAGUGAAAAGACUUCUUCAGCAUUUAGACAUGUUAGGAAAAGUGUUUCAUAAUUCAGUACUAAAGGCACCAAGGCUAAUGAAGUUUUCAGGCUUUCGGUCUAAUAAAAAGCAUUAUUUCUUGAUGUACUGUACAUCACUGGAGUUGUACAUAAUUCUUCUUUUAAGAUAGAGUAGCAUAAAGUUUAGAUUAGAACUGGAAUAUAUAGUUGAAAGUGGAAGAAUAUUUAUGUGAAAUGUUUGUCAGAAUUUAUGUAACUGCCAGAAUAUAACAUAGGGCUUUAAAGCUGAAAUCAAAAAUUUCUCUCAUUUCAUCGUCCAGUUCAAAUUUCUAUAAGUCGUGGAUUUCUCUGUAUCAAUAUGUUAUUUUUUCAUCAACACUGAUGGAAAAUUGAAAAAAAAAAAUGUUGUUUUAACAGGCAUGUUGUGUAACAGUUGACUGGGCAGACUUUUAUCUCAUUUGAAUUGACCAUGUCUUCAAGUAAAAGAUGUUUUUGUUUUAGAUUGAAAAUAAAUCACAUCUCCAUUAACUGAUUCCAUCAGUAUUGAUCAUACAUAGAAGAUACUGUAAAAAUUGAAAACAUUUCAAAUGAAUUUUUUGCCAUACCAGCAUUUGAUUACAACUUCACUUAAUUAUAUUAAAGGUACUUUAAAUUUAGAUCACAGCAACUUUGUAAAUAUUUAAUGUAGCAAAAAUUUUGAAGAACUGUUUAAAGGAAAAGCAACAUUGUUCAGUGUUUAUUCCUUCUGCCUGCUAAAUUUCUAAAAUGGACUGGUCCAUCAACCAAUUUACUGACUGAAUAGCUGUGCAGGCAGAUCUUGGUCUGCACUGGUUGCAUAGGUAGAAUCACUUGCCACCAGAAGGUUAAAAGUUGAAUUAUUUAAUGCAGUGAAAGAAUUUUCAAAAUAGGCUAAGAAAUAAGGAAGUUACAAACAUUUCAAUAUUUUAUCAGCAUGGCAGCCAUUUUGUUUCCAUAGAAGCAUAAAACAAAAACGUGAAUUUCAUUCAUUUUAAGAUAUUUGUUUUCACUGUAUUUCCUUACCUGUGAAAAAUUAUUUCUCAACUUUUUCCAUACAGAACGAAAGAAAUGAUCAUGCUUUAUAUCUUAAAAUCAGUAGUAUAUAAAUGACGACAUAAAGUCGCUGAAGUUGCUGCUUCCAUGACUAGCCAUUUAUUUCCAUUUCUUUUUCAAAAAUGGUCAGAUUUUAAAAAUUCUUUCAGUUUUACAAAUGGUUGGAUGAAAGCUUUCAUAUCAGGUAAACUCUUUCCUCUUAAAUAUUCACGUGAUUUUGUCCAUGCAAAAAAGUCAGUUUUUACAGUAGAAGUUGUACACAUGGUUUGUAUGAUAGCCAAAGCAUAAUAAACAUGAGUCAUGUUACAGUGUAUCAUAUUAUAGUCGUUUAGAUCCCUGUAUUAGUAUAAUGCUGUAGAUUGGUCAAUUUUCGUGAUGGUUUAAAUUUUCGCUUAUAUUGGUAAACAGUCUGGUUGUGAAUACGAAGCAGUCAUGAAUUUUAAGCAGCAUUAUUGUGGAAAGAGCAAUUCGUCAGGGAGUUUGAAUUCUUAACAAAGUGAAUAUGGCUGUUGUCUGUCAAAUUGCAAAAUUAAAAUUAAAGGAAAAUUGCACAGUCUACAGUAAAUAGUUAUAAUUUAUGAGAAAAAGUGCUUCAUUCAGGAAUUUUAAGGGUCGAUUUAAGUGCUGUCAUUGUAGAGUUUCUUUAAUUUUUAGCUCACCUGUCACAAAGUGACAAGGUGAGCUUUUGUGAUCGUGCGGUGUCCGUCGUCCGUCGUCCGUCCGUCCGUGCGUGCGUCCGUAAACUUUUGCUUGUGACCACUCUAGAGGUCACAUUUUUCAUGGGAUCUUUAUGAAAAUUGGUCAGAAUGUUUAUCUUGAUGAUAUCUAGGUCAAGUUCGAAACUGGGUCACGUGCCAUCAAAAACUAGGUCAGUAGGUCUAAAAAUAGAAAAACCUUGUGACCUCUCUAGAGGCCAUAUAUUUCACAAGAUCUUCAUGAAAAUUGGUCAGAAUGUUCACCUUGAUGAUAUCUAGGUCAAGUUCGAAACUGGGUCACGUGCCUUCAAAAACUAGGUCAGUAGGUCUAAAAAUAGAAAAACCUUGUGACCUCUCUAGAGGCCAUAUAUUUCACAAGAUCUUCAUGAAAAUUAGUCAGAACGUUCAUCUUGAUGAUAUCUAGGUCAAGUUUGAAUCUGGGUCACGUGCCUUCAAAAUCUAGGUCAGUAGGUCAAAUAAUAGAAAAACCUUGUGACCUCUCUAAAGGCCAUAUUUUUCAUGGGAUCUGUAUGAAAGCUGGUCUGAAUGUUCAUCUUGUUGGUGUCUAUGCCAAGUUCGAAACUGGGUCAUGUGCGGUCAAAAACUAGGUCAGUAGGUCGAAAAAUAGAAAAACCUUGUGACCUCUCUAGAGGCCAUAUAUUUCAUGAGAUCUUCAUGAAAAUUGGUCAGAAUGUUCACCUUGGUGAUAUCUAGGUCAGGUUUGAAAGUGGGUCACAUGCCAUCAAAAACUAGGUCAGUAGGUCAAAUAAUUGAAAAACCUUGUGACCUCUCCAGAGGCCAUAUUUUACAUGGGAUCUGUAUAAAAGUUGGUCUGAAUGUUCACCUUGAUGAUAUCUAGGUCAAGUUCAAAAGUGGGUCAUGUCUUCAAAAACUAGGUCAGUAGGUCAAAUAAUAGACAAACCUUGUGACCUCUCUAAAGGCCAUAUUUUUCAUGGGAUCUGUAUGAAAAUUGGUCUGAAUGUUCAUCUUGAUGAUAUCUAGGUCAAGUUCGAAAGAGGGUCAUGUACGGUCAAAAACUAGGUCAGUAGGUCUAAAAAUAGAAAAACCUUGUGACCUCUCUAGAGGCCAUACUUGUGAAUGGAUCUCCAUAGAAAUUGGUCAGAAUGUUCACCUUGAUGAUAUCUAGGUCAAGUUUGAAACUGGGUCACGUGCCUUAAAAAACUAGGCCAGUAGGUCAAAUAAUAAAAAAACAUUUUGACCUCUCUAGAGGCCAUACUUUUCAUGGGAUCUGUAUGAAAAUUGGUCUGAAUGUUCAUCUUGAUGAUAUCUAGGUCAAGUUUGAAACUGGGUCAACUGCGGUCAAAAACUAGGUCAGUAAAUGUAGGUCUAAAAUUAUUAAAAUCUUUUGACCUCUCUAGAGGCCACAUUUUUCAAUGGAUCUUCAUGAAAAUUGAUCUGAAUGUUCACCUUGAUGAUAUCUAGGUCAGUUUCGAAACUGGGUCACGUGCGGUCAAAAACUAGGCCAGUAGGAAUAAAAAUAGAAAAACCUUGUGACCUCUCUAGAGGCCAUAUUUUUCAUGAGAUCUUCAUGAAAAUUAGUGAGAAUGUUCAGCUUGAUGAUAUCUAGAUAAAGUUCAAAACAGGGUCACGUACCUUUGAAAACUAGGUCAACAGGUCAAAUAAUAGAAAAACCUUGUGACCUCUCUAGAGACCAUAUUUUUCAAUGGAUCUUCGUGAAAAUUGGUCAGAAUUUUUAUCUUGAUAAUAUCUAGGUCAAAUUCAAAACUGGGUCACAUGAGCUCAAAAACUAGGUCACUAUGUCAAAUAAUAGAAAAAACGACGUCAUACUCAAAACUGGGUCAUGUGGGAAGAGGUGAGCGAUUCAGGACCAUCAUGGUCCUCUUGUUAUUUCUUGAUUUUUAUAUCUGGUGAAAAGUUCUGAAAUUGUCUCAUAGAAAAAUUAUGUUAAAAUUGUUUAAUUUUAUGCAAUCUCUUAACUAGAUGUAAAAAAUAAAAUGUGCGGGCAUGAAAUAAGUUGGUUUUAAUUACUUGUACGGAAUUGGAUUGCACAAGUUACAUUCUUAUUAGUGACGUAUCAAAUUUUGUGUUGUGUUUUGUAAAUUGAAUGUUUGUUCAGUAGCGUUAGCUAUUUUUAGAACACACUGUUACUAUUAGUGGUAAUUACAAAAGCAUGACAUUUUGACAUUUUAUUGUUAUAUUUACAUGUUUGUGAAAUUUUGGUUGUGUUGAGAAAAGUAUGUGGAUGAGAAAAUGCUAUAUAGCGGGUCUGGUAAAAAUUUUGAUAAGAGGGCAGUAAAGAAUGGUGUUAUUAAGAGAGAAACAAUUUAAGGAUCUUAAUUGUGAGUGCAUCACUCUAUAGAAUUUUUGUGCAUAAAACAUUGUAGGGUAUUUGUUAUGUAAGCAAAUUAUUUGUAUUAAACAUGAUUUCUUGACUUGUAUUAUAAAUAGCUUGUCCAUAGCAAUUCACAAGUCAAUAGUUCAGCAAUAAAUUUUGCUGCGUUUCAGUAAAAACUUUCUGAAAAUUUAUUCCUGAUGGAAUCAAUAAAGAAAUCUAGUUAUGCUCUUAACCUUCCCUACUUUAUCAAAAAUUUUACCAGAUCAUUUUGAGAUAUGGUAUUUCACAUUAUUAUUUUAUACAUGUUUGACGAGAAAUUUUUAUUCGAGAGGUAUACAUUAGAUGUGGGUUUUUUGUUUGGUUUUAAAUGAACAAAAAAGUAUUGUAUGUAUUUUUAUGAAAUUAUAUUAUUUUAAACAAUGAAAAUCAAAUCUCUGUGUUGAUAAUCAUUAGGCAUACAUGAAAGUUUGGUUUCUGAUUAUGUGAUUGGUGGAGAUUUAACAUCAUGUUACUGAUUAGCCGAGCUUGAGCUGAAUUUUUAUUUGAUAAAUCUAAUAUGCAAAGCUGAAAGAGUUUGACAUUCUUUUUAGAUUGAAGAGGUUCAGAGGAUGGGUGAAGCCAUAUGAGGGCAUUGGUUUUUGAAACCUCCAGCUGGUUGGAGAAUUCCAUUUGUGUAUUGAAAGUUAAUUGAAUUCUUAAUGUCAAUCAGUAGUUAUUAUUUGUGAAAAUCUCUUUUGAUGAGAUAAUCAGAAACAAACUAUUUGUAUACGUUAGGUACUAGGUCACAGUUAAAAAUGACUGUUUGUAAGGCUCCUCUAAUUUAGAGAUACAGUUCUGAUGACUGUAGAGGAAGUUCCUUUUGGUGGAUACUGUAAAAUCAUUAAAUUUUGUGGGCAUGAAAUUCCAUGGUUUUGGUCAAAAUGUCAAUUUCAUGGGGAUAUGACUUUGUGUAUUUCAACUUUUAAACAUAAAAUGAAUGGGAAUUUUACUUGUUUGUCGGUUUAAAUCUUUUGGAUUGACUCAACCACGAAAUCCGCAAAAAUUAGUCCCCCUCGAAUAUUAAUGAUUUCACAGUAAUUGAAUAUAAUUAAGUAAUUUAGUAGGAGUUAACAGUAACAAGGAGCCACAUCCAACCAGUACCUUGGUUAAUUAAUGGUUUUAAAAGAAUAUGGUUUUGUAAAGGGAAGAAAACAAUUAGAUCUAUUUAUAACUUAAGAAGCAGACGUAUUUUUAACUGUGGCGGAAUAUGCACUUUUUUAUGAAGCUUUUUAGGACAGAUUGUAUAUAUAGAUAUUUACAGUCAGUAACACACAGUCUCUUCUGUUUUGGUGCUAUGUAGAAUAUUUUAUCUGUUGGACUUUACUUUUAGUCUUUUAUGUUCUGUUUUAUAGAGUAGCCAGUACCUUUUUUUCUCGCUUUUUUUUUUCUACAAACAUUUAAUUUUUGUCAAGAAUUGCAGCUCUUGUUUAGAAUCUGCUAUAAAAGUGCUACCUCUUUUCGACCUAUUUGCAAAGUAUUUCUGUAAAAAAUUUCUAGUUCACUCUUCAUAUAAACGUACCUUUAAAGCCAAGAGAACUUUUUAUUCAGCGACUAAUUUGACAAAAUUUGAUAGGUGAGGUGUUUUUUUUUAUGGAAAAAUCAGGAGGUAUUCCUUCAUAAGACCUAAAAACUCUUUAAGUGUUUUUCAUCGUGCUGGAAGGAAUAUUCAAAUUUAUUAGUUAAUAUUCAUUACUGUAGUUACAUCUUUACUUUAGCUUCUUAGCUGCUUUAAAUAUUGAUGAAGUUGAGAUCUGAAUGUUUCUGAAUCUCACAACGAGGCAUUGUUCCGCACUUACGUGUGCCAUAUUUACUCAGAUCUGAUCUAAGCCAAUCACAGUUGUUCCUUUUAGUAAACUUUCUUUAUUUCGGCCAAUCACAGUUGUUCCUUUUAGUAAACUUUCUUGAUUUCGGCCAAUCACAGUUGUUGUUUUUUUUUUAGUAAGCUCUUUUUAUUUCGGUCAAUCACUGUUGUUCUGAUAGUAAGCUUUUUUUUAUUACCUUAGUGCUAAUGCAUUGAAAAUCAGUUAUAGUAAUUCUGAUUAGUUGCCACUGAAGAAUUAGAACAAUAUUAAGGACUAUCAUGCUUAGAGCAUAAACGUAAAUGUGGAAGUGUUUUAAGUUGGCUAUAUUGGAAUGAAAUGAUUGUUUUUUUACUGACAAAUUCAUUUAACAAGUUUAUUUUUUAAGGUUUUUGGUAUCUAAUACCAUGUACCUAGUCAAAUGUUUGAUGUGUUAUUGUGCCAUAACAUGACAAAUGCCAUUCAGUAGUAAUUUUCAAGUUUUGUAAAGUUUUUUUCUUUUAUUUCUAGCGGCAUAGAUUUAAUUGAACUGCUUCAGUUAUUAAUGAGUUUUCAAGUAUUGUAAGGCUGUUUGUUUUUCCUACCCUGUCAGACUUCCAGUUCUUUGAUUAUGGUCAACAGCUACCUUGAUAUGGUUACACAUCUGUAAUCUGAAUUUAUCGAGAACUUUAGCUUCUUGUUUACCUGUAGAUGAGAAAUUGUUAUGAUAUGUUCAUUAAAAGGUAGUUGAUAAUUGUCUGAAGUUAUCAUUUCUAGUGAAAUUGCAGAAAGAAAUCGGAAAAAAAGAGAAAUGGCAUAUAAAGAAAAUUAUAUUUUAAUAAAUGGUUCUGCAAGAACAAAAAUUAACUGAUUCCAAAUUUCAAUAUUUUAAAUUCCAAUAUUUUCAGGGUUCAGUUAUCACUAUAUUUUAUAAUAAAGAAAAACUUGAAAGUGCUAUAAUUGUUAUAGUCGGUAUUUUCAACCAUAAGCAUCUGUCCCUAUUUUCAGGAUAGCAGACGUUUAGCCCAGUAAUAAUACCUUACUUUACAGUACACAUCUAAAGUUCUGAAGCUGUAAAUGCUAUUGGUUGUUUUGUGGGGUCUAAACUAUGUAUUUAUUCAUUCUGAUAGCUGAACUUUUCUUGUAUUGAAGCAGAUAUUUCUUUCUAUGCAUUCUGUACACUGGUAAUUUAAAGUAUUAGGUUUGUGAUUUAUUGCGCUAUAUUCUUGCAUGUUUCAGCAUUGCUUUUUGUUGAUACUUUGUUCUGUAGAAAGAAUGUGUUUAUCGAUAUCUAUUGUGUUUAUUAUUUGGCUAUGUGAAAAAAUGACAAUAAUUAAAAAGAUGUAAGGUAUA